UCUAAGUUAUCAAAGGAAGCUAAAUGCAUGAAUAGAAAUUAGCUUUAACUUUUUUAAUUGGAGGCUACCUAAACGUGUAUGUGAUAGCUGUGAGCUAAAGAUUAGGAAAGCUUGUCUCUUAAGAGUGCAUCUUAUGAUCCAGAUCCAGGCGCUGUAGAAUGUACUACAAGUACCAGUAGAUUCUGUAGAAUGUGCAGGUACUAGUGAAGGGAUUGAAUCAGGCAAAUAUGGAUACUAGAAUUGGGUAAAUUGUUAGAUUCUGAAAAGUGGGUGCUUUGGAGAGCAAUGGGGAGAAGGGUAGCUACACGUCAUGUCAUUGUUGGAUUGACAUUUGCUUGUACCUGUGUGUGCUACAUUGAAAGAGUGGGGUUCUCCAUUGCAUACACAGCAGCAGCAGAUGCAGCUGGUAUAAACCAGUCAACAAAGGGCUUAAUCCUAUCUACUUUCUUCUAUGGCUAUGCCCUGUCACAGGUUCCUGGAGGUUGGGCUGCACAGAGAAUAGGGGGCAGACGGGUUCUUCUUUUUUCCUUUAUAGUGUGGUCUCUGACAACAGCAAUGGUGCCCCUGGAUGCAAGGAGGGUUAAAACACUGGUAAUUGCUCGCCUCCUUGUGGGUGUGGCACAAGGUUUCAUUUUUCCUUCGAUUCAUACUGUUUUGGCCCAAUGGGUUCCUCCCCAUGAAAGGUCACGAUCUGUUUCCCUGACUACAUCAGGCAUGUAUUUUGGGGCCACUGCAGGAAUGCUUGUUUUGCCUGGAAUUGUUCAUCUCAGGGGACCUAGGGCAGUUUUUUUUGUAGAGGCAGCCAUGGGGGGCAUUUGGGCACUGGUUUGGUUUUUGUGUUCUACUGAUCCCCCACGCUCAGAUCAUCCAAAAGCCUCUUCUGCUGGUUUUGGGCAAUCUACUACUAAGGGUUUUCUGCCUCUGACAGGAGACAAAGAGCACACAAAUGGUUUCCUGACUGAAACUAUGAGUACACAGAGGACCCAGGUUUCCAUUCCCUGGAAAAAUCUACUGUCGAGUUUUCCCAUUUGGGCCCUUGUUCUUAACAAUUUUACAUUCGAUUAUGCACUUUAUGUUUUGAUGAACUGGCUUCCUACAUACUUUGAAAUGGGUCUGCAUCUGAGCCUUCAGAAAAUGGGUUCUUCAAAGAUGCUGCCCUAUUUGAAUAUGUUUGUGUUCUCCAAUAUUGGUGGAGUGAUUGCUGAUCACCUGAUCACCAAAAGGCAAAUCUCUGUGACACAUACAAGGAAAUGGCUUAACACAGGAGGUUUCCUUGUUGCUGCUUGUGCUUUGGUGAUGAUGCCCACCUUGAGAACUUCCUGGGGAGCAGUGCUCUGUUCCUCUGUGUGCCUCGGAUCUCUAGCACUUGGAAGAGCAGGUUUUGCUGUUAAUCACUUGGAUGUUGCUCCUCGUUAUGCAGGUAUAGUAAUGGGCAUUUCUAAUACAGCUGGCACCAUGGCCGGAAUAGUUGGUGUGAGUUUAACAGGUCAAAUUCUGGAGUCUGCCAAAGCUGCCAAUAUGGAUCUCUCAAAUCCAAACAGUUGGACUCAGAUCUUCUACAUUCCAGCGUUCCUUUGCAUUUGCAGUGCGGUCAUAUUCUUAGUGUUCGCCACAGGGGAGAGAAUUUUUGAUUAGUUCUCCUCAAAAUGUGAACAUCUUAUAUAGUGUUAUUUGUGUUUUUUCUGUAGAAGAUUCUUUUGCAUCAAUGUUUCUUAUCACAUUCUAUGAUUUAUCAUCAGAUGUCUCUGAUCUAUUCAAUGGUAAAAGUUUUGAUUUUUUUCUUCACUUGAUAUUUUAUCCUCAUUUGUUAGAGGUUUAAAUUUUGGAAAGUGGGAUUGAAUCAAGUUCAACAUUUGGAUAAUUUUUUCUGUGGGUGAUUUUAAAGGUAGGAAUCACUAGUCAAAUGAUGACUUGUAGUUGGAAUGUAUAUUUAUUCAUCAUGUUGUAAUCUACUUAUUCGCAAUGGGUAGAGAUACCAAUAUCUAUGUAAUCUACUUAUUUUCAUAAAUAAAAAAUAAAGAUUCAAUUUCUUUAA